AGUGUAUGUGGCGUAUGAACACAGCUUCAUGCAGACAGUCAGAAGGUCACAGACCCUUUACUCUGUUUACACAAACAUCCUGCUGUGAUCGAGCCGACAGUGAACUUUGAACUUGAGUUGUUCUGCAACGACGAGCUGCAGCUAAACAUUUCCAACAUGGCUGAGAGAAACACGGCGCUGAAGGCAGGAGGAGAGUCUGACUUCCUGCAGUUUAACGACCUGGCCUGUGAGGCCGUCGGUGGGACGGUUAUUUUUGCCACAGAUGAAUGGUUCGCUCCAGCUGCAAACCUUCUGAAGAGAGAGCCGCCACAGUUCAUUGCCUCCGCCUUCACCGAGUUUGGAAAAUGGAUGGACGGAUGGGAGACGAGGAGGAAGAGAAUACCUGGUCACGAUUGGUGCAUCAUCCAGCUGGGAGUACCAGGGCUGAUCUACGGCUUCGAUGUUGACACGUCCUUCUUCACUGGAAACCACUCGCCCUACGCCUCCAUCCAGGCCGGCUGUCUGGAGGAAGCCCCCAACUUCACCCUGGAGGGAGACCGGACCGGCAUGGCUGCCUCCGACAGUCAGCUGGCUGCAGCUGCAAAGCUGGGCUCGGAGGCGUGGCCUGAGCUGGUGGGUGUGUCACAGCUGAACCCUGGAUACUCUGACAGCUGCCAUAACUACUUCAAGGUCAACUUCAACCGCAGGGUGACACACCUGCGUCUCAACAUGUACCCAGAUGGAGGCAUAGCCAGGCUGCGGGUGUACGGAGUCGGACAGAGAGACUGGUCGUCCGUCCCCCUCAACCAGGAAGUCGACCUCAUCGCUCUGACCAACGGCGGAGUCUGUCUCGGAUACAGCGACGCCCACUUUGGGCAUCCACGCAACAUGAUUGGUCUUGGCCGGGCCGGGAACAUGGCGGAUGGCUGGGAGACGGCCCGCAGACUGGAUAGACCCAAGAACCUUCAGGUGGAUCAGAGAGGGAUCCUGCAGGUCCCGGGAUGGGAGUGGGCCGUGUUUCGUCUCGGUCAUGCAGGAGUCAUCAGCAGCAUCCAGGUCGACACAAACCACUUCAAAGGUAACUUCCCAGAUGCCUGCAGGAUUGAGACUUGUUCCCUGACCCCUGAGGAGGAGGCUCUGUGCAUUAGGACCACAUGGAACUCUGGGAAAUGGCAGGUCCUGCUUCCCCCACAGAAACUUAGUGCUCAUCACAUACAUCUCUAUGGUCAGGCUGAGUUGAACCCCGGUCCGCCCGUCACUCACGUGCGUCUCGUCAUGAGCCCGGACGGAGGAAUUAGCCGGCUGCGUCUGUGGGGUCGACCCACGACUAUCACCGCGGCUCCAGCCAAUCAGAAGAGAGCUGUGUCUAAACUGUGAUCUUUAAAAACCUCAAACACUGAAUGUUCUGAUGUGUGAUCAACGAUGUUUUAAAAUCUGUCAGAUAAUAAAGAGGAGUCAUGUUACAGUC